AUGAACACGUUCGAGGGAAUCGAAAAAAGAGUUGUCAUUAAACUCAAGAAACAAUGCUUCGAGGAAAGAGGUAUUAAGUCCCUGUUGGAUAUUUCAAGAGAACAAUGGGAAAACAAAUUGAAUCUAAUUGGAUGUAGCAUUGUUUCAGAGAUAGAAGAAGAUCGACAAGCCCCAGCAGAAGAAAUGUGCCGAGUUUACCUGUUGUCAGAAAGUUCCCUUUUCAUUUACACAGAUAUGGUAUUUAUAAAAACAUGUGGAAAAACGAAGGUUUUAUUUUUUAUUCCAUUUCUAGUGGAUUUGUUGUUAUUUAAAAUGAAGAAUGAAUAUGCUUUGAAAACAGAUGUGGUUUACGACGAAUCAUUUCUUGAAAAAAAUGACCUAACAGAUAUUAUCAGUUUUAUAAAGAACAACUUUGAGUAUGCAUUCUUUACACACAUGAAUUAUCAGAAUAAGUCUAAGGAUGGCUACUAUGAGCAGGAAUAUCCACAUAAGUCAAUUGAAGAUGAAAAAACAUUUUUCCAAUUCUUUUUCAAGAACUUCCAAUUUGCAAAUACGCCUCUGCCUUUCGGGAGAAAUCAUUACAUUUUCUUUUCACAAAUUUCUGAGGUAACAAAUGAAGCAGCAAAUGAUGCGACAAAUGAAAUGAUGAACCAUUCGAUGAGGCGCAUGACUAGUGCUUAUAAAUUUUGCUCCGAAAUGCAUAUAUUUGGAAUUAAGAAGUAUAAUGAAAGUUCCAAAUUUCAUGAACUAUAUUUGAAUGAGGAUUCUCUAGGAAUAUUUCAGAAACAAGUGAUGGAACCUCUAAAGGCAUACGAAGAAAAUGAAAGAACAGAUAUAUGUAGCAGUGAAAAUUCUUAUGACUGUGCAGAAUACUCUUCUAAAAGUACAACGAAUACAAAUAAUUUAUACAAAGAAACGACGAUUCCAUUUCGAGGUACAGAAGAUAUGGCAUACUAUACACAUGCAAAAAAAGAAGUGUUUACCAACAUGCAUUUGAAAAUUACCGAUAUUAAUGACAAAAAUUUGGAUGAAACCAAUAGCGAAGAUACAUUAUCGUAUAAGAAUGAGGAAUUUCCCACAAGUCCAAGCAGCAUUAAUAACAGAGAAAAUAACAACAUCAUCACAAGUAGUUCUAAUGGUUGUGAUAGUAGUAGUUACAUGAAUGGAGAGGAAAAAACACUUCUACUUCCUUCCAUUUUGAAUGAAAACGGAUAUGCAACUAGGCAAACGUUUGAUGAAAAUUCAAGCACAAAUACACAAUGCACAAUUCAACCCUUAGAUUUUAGAACAAAAAUAGAUAUCAAAAUUGAACAGAAAAAAGAAAACAACAACGCAUAUUUUGAAGAAUUUUAUUUUCGUAAUGAAUCUAUUAGUAAAGAAAAAGAAACUGGAAGUGGAAUAAUAACAACAUCAUUACAAUGCAGUUCGAUCGAUGAUAAUGUAACGAAUUUGUCAAAUGAGUACACAAAUUUAAACAAUUUUAACAUGUUGGAUAAUUGCCUUAGAUUGAAAGAAGGAACAGAAUUAUUAUCGAUAUCAUCAUCCUUAUCUUUAAUGCCAACAGGAAAUACUAACCAAAUGAAUCAGAUAGAAAAAAGUAGUUCCAAUGUUUGCGUGAAAAAAAUUGACACGAAUUUGUAUGAAUGCAUGAGUGCACAUAAUAAUAAGGAAAAGUUUUUGUACAACGAAUUUUAUUUUACCCCAUGUGGAUAUUCAUGCAAUGUUUCUUAUAAGAAUAAUUACUUUUGUGUACACUAUUCACCGGAAGAUUUGGUGUCCUAUACCUCGAUAGAAGUUUCAAGUGAUAUAAGAACUGAGAAUUUUGUAAAAUUUAUGAGUAACCAGUUGAAUUUUUACAGAGGAAAGUUGUUUUAUAUUAUAAAUUAUCAUUGCGACACAUCCAUAUAUGGUGAUGAAAUUGGAACAUCUAACACAAAUGUAAUGAGCUCUUUGCAUGGCAAACUUUGCAACAACCUAGUCCUGAACAAUGAGCAAUACUAUGCAAUUGUGUGUAUGAAAGAACUUACCAUUGGGUUUAUCAAGAUCCAGUAUUUUGUAUACGAGUUGAAAAAUAUGAACGAUGGCAAGAGUGUUAAUAUAUUUCUGCCAAUUGCUGAGAAAAAGAAUAUAAACAAUUACGUCUCAUUAACAUCUUUACAAAAGAACGAACUAAAUGACAUGUACACAUACAGCUACCUCUUCUGCAAACAAAAUGGAGUAAUGGUGGUAGAUAUGAUGACCGAAUCGGAAAGUAGUUGUAACAAUAUGCAUCCAAUUAAUGAUUACAAAAUUGGUAGUGACGAAGGUUCUAGUAGAAAGGUAACCGAGGAUUCGUUAAGUAUAAGUAGUAGGACUCCAGAUUGUGACAUCGAAUUGAAAGGAAUGGAAAUUAAUAUAGAAGCACAGGAUGAAGUAGUGAGACACAGCUCAAAUAAUAAAGAUGAACGAAAGCAUAUAUUAACAGGUAACGUAGAAGAACCAGAUAAAAAUGAGGAAUGUCCAGAAAAAAAACUCAAAGAAGAAAUGAUGAAUUAUUACCGAAAGAACAAAAUUGAAAUGUACACACUUAGCAAAAUUUUGAAUGAAGAUAUUGAAACAUCUGUUGUUUGUAUAAAUUUACAAAAAAUUCUAGCGCAAUAUAUAAGAUUCAAAAAGAACCUACCAAGUGUCACACCAUUUUACUCUGUAAAAAGCAAUAAUGAUGAAGUUGUGAUUAAAUUUUUAUAUGGACUAAACUGCAAUUUUGAUUGUGCUUCUGUUGGAGAAGUAAAGAAGUUAAUAACAGUGCUACCAAAUAUUUCAAGAAAAAGAAUUAUAUAUGCCAAUACGAUAAAAAGUGUAAAUUCUCUAAUAUAUGCAAAAAAUGAGAAUAUAAAUUUAUGUACAUUUGACAAUAUCGAAGAGUUAAAAAAAAUAUACAAAUAUCAUCCCAAAUGUUCACUUCUCCUACGUAUUAAUGUCGAUUUUAAAAAUUAUAAGUCUUACAUGUCAUCGAAAUAUGGGGCUAAUGAAUAUGAAUGGAAAAAUAUCCUCACCUUUGGAAAAAAACAUAAUUUAAAUAUCAUUGGAGUAUCUUUCCAUGUAGGUAGUAAUACGAAAAAUUUAUUCGACUACUGUCAAGCUAUUAAAUUAUCAAGAGAUGUAUGGAAUAUAAGUAAACAAUUGGGAUAUGAAUUCGAAAUUUUAAAUUUAGGAGGAGGAUAUCCUGAAGAAUUAGAAUAUGAUAGUGCUAAAAAACAUGAAAAGAAAAAUUACUGUACUUUAAAUGAAGAGGAAUUAAAAAAGGAUAUAAAAAGUUUCUUAAAUGAAAAAUCUGUUAUGAAAACUAAAUAUAACUUUUACAACUUUGAAAAAAUUGCACUAGCCAUUAAUAUGUCAAUUGAACAUUAUUUUAAGGAUAUUAAAUCCAAGUUAAAAAUUAUUUGUGAACCAGGAAGAUACAUGGUUGCAGCUUCAUGUACCUUAGCUGUUAAGGUUAUUGGAAAAAGACACCCAACAUUUAAAGCCAUUAAACUUAGUGAUAUGAAGGGUAUGGAUCCGUUUGAUUUUGCAAAAAAAAAAAGUGAUCAUACAAAUCAGGUUAAUAUAGGACAAGGUGGUGAUGGUGGUGUUGGGGGCGAUGGUGCACAGUUGGAUAGCGGUGAAUGUGGAAAAGAAGAUUGCAACGAUGAUGUGACAGGAUCAAGUAUCUACACAUUGGAUAGAGCUACAGACGGGAUCGAAAGCACGAUGCAUGAUUGUGACAUGAUAGGGACAUACGAAGGAGAAGCAAAUAAAAAGGAGGAUGAUAUGGAAAAUUCAGACGCACUUCUACUAUUGAGCCACACGAAUCUAAACAACAAUGUAAUUUGUAACAAUCAUUCCAAGUUAGGGAACAUAACAAACAUUAAAAGAAAAGUGGUAAACAUCAAUGACAAUCGAUAUAACUACUACUCAUACUACGUAAGUGAUAGUAUAUAUGGAUGUUUCAGUGGAAUCAUAUUUGAUGAGUACAAUAGAUCUCCUGUCUAUGUACUUAGAAACCCAAGCAAUAGUGCUGCUGAUAACGGGAGUGCAAUUGAUAAUGUGAGUGCAAUUGAUAAGAUGAAUGCAAUUGAUAAGAUGAAUGCAAUUGAUAAGAUGAAUGCAAUUGAUAAGAUGAGUGCAAUUGAUAAGAUGAAUGCAAUUGAUAAGAUGAGUGCAAUUGAUAAGAUGAGUGCAAUUGAUAAGAUGAGUGCAAUUGAUAAGAUGAGUUCAAUUGAUAAGAUGAAUGCUUUUGAUAACAUUAGUUCAAGUGAUCGCACGAGUGGUAAUGAUAACUUCAGCGUGAAUGAUAAUUUAUUGAACUCUCCUCUAUAUUUGGCGAACAUUUUUGGUCAAUCCUGUGAUGGUCUCGAUAUGAUUACAUCCAUUACUUAUCUUCCCGAAUGCUACAUAAAUGAUUGGAUUAUUUAUGAAUAUGCGGGGGCAUACACUUUUGUUAGUUCUUCAAACUUCAAUGGAUUUCAAAAGUGCCAGAAGUUGUAUAUUUUUCCGAAGAAGUCAUUUCCCUUUCACAAGUAA